GCGCACGAGCCGGCCAGCCCCGUCCGCGGCGCCGGAGCCCGACAGCUGCCCGGUGUGCGUGUGGAGGCAGCACAGCCGCGAGCUGCGCCUGGAGAGCAUCAAGUCUCAGAUUCUCAGCAAACUGCGGCUCAAGGAGGCGCCCAACAUCAGCCGCGAGGUGGUGAAGCAGCUGCUGCCCAAGGCGCCGCCGCUGCAGCAGAUCUUGGACCUGCACGACUUCCAGGGCGACGCGCUGCAGCCCGAAGACUUCCUGGAGGAGGAUGAGUACCACGCCACUACUGAGACCGUCAUUAGCAUGGCCCAGGAGACGGACCCCGCGGUGCAGACAGAUGGUAGCCCUCUUUGCUGCCAUUUCCACUUCAGCCCCAAGGUGAUGUUCACAAAGGUACUGAAGGCCCAGUUGUGGGUGUACCUACGGCCCGUGCCCCGCCCUGCCACUGUCUACCUGCAAAUCUUGCGACUGAAACCUCUAACUGGGGAAGGGACAGCAGGGGGAGGGGGUGGAGGGCGGCGUCAUAUCCGUAUCCGCUCACUCAAGAUUGAGCUGCAUUCACGCUCAGGCCACUGGCAGAGCAUCGACUUCAAGCAGGUGCUACACAGCUGGUUCCGCCAGCCGCAGAGCAACUGGGGCAUCGAGAUCAACGCCUUUGAUCCCAGUGGAACAGACCUGGCUGUCACCUCCCUGGGGCCGGGAGCUGAGGGGCUGCAUCCCUUCAUGGAGCUUCGGGUCCUAGAGAACACAAAACGAUCCCGGAGGAACCUAGGCCUGGACUGUGAUGAGCACUCAAGUGAGUCCCGCUGCUGCCGAUACCCCCUCACAGUGGACUUUGAGGCUUUCGGCUGGGAUUGGAUCAUUGCACCUAAGCGCUACAAGGCCAACUACUGCUCUGGCCAGUGCGAGUACAUGUUUAUGCAAAAGUAUCCGCACACCCACUUGGUGCAACAGGCCAAUCCAAGAGGCUCUGCUGGGCCCUGCUGUACUCCCACCAAGAUGUCUCCAAUCAACAUGCUCUACUUCAAUGACAAGCAGCAGAUUAUCUACGGCAAGAUUCCUGGCAUGGUGGUGGAUCGCUGUGGCUGCUCCUAAGGUGGGGGACAGAGGAUGUUCCCCAACAAACCCUGCCCUUAGACCCCACCGCUGACCCCCAAACCCCGAGGCCCUAGAGCUCUCUCCACCUCUUCCUAUCAACAUCACACUUUGUUCCCUGCCCAAGCAGUGUGCAAUACAACAGAGGGAGGCAGGUGAUUGUUGAGGGUUGAGGGGUUUGGGG